UUCAAGAAAUGGUUGAGCAUGGUCGCAAAUUAGUCCUUAUGCAAAUUGUUACAACUGUUGCAUCUGUGGCGGAUGCUGCGGAAAAGAAGUUUUUACCGUAUUAUGAUCGCUUUAUGCCAGUAUUAAAGUACAUAAUGGAAAAUGCUGUACACAAGGACCUGCGCUUAUUGCGCGGCAAAACAAUCGAAUGUAUUAGUCUUAUUGGUCUGGCUGUUGGGAAAGAAAAAUUCAUUCAGGAUGUGGGACCGGUAAUGAACUUACUGCUUCAGACCCAAACUCAGCCCGAUUCAGAAUCUUCAACAGAUGAUGAUGAUCCGCAGGCUUCUUACAUGAUUAGUGCGUGGCACGAAUCUGCAAACUUCUGGGACGUGACUUCGAAAGUUACCUACCCGUCGUUAUGCCACAGGUGCUGCGUUCCGCUUGUGUAAAACCCGAGAUUUGCAUACUUGAUAAUGACGAAGCAGACAAUGUGGAAUCAGAUGUAGAUUGGCAGGUUGUCAAACUAGGGGAGGAUCGCAAUUAUGCUAUUCGUACAAGUGGGUUGGAAGACAAAGCAACUGCUUGCCAAAUGCUUGUAUGUUAUGCACGUGAGAUGAAAGAGAGUUUCGCGCCAUACUGCCAACAAGUUUUGGAUAUCAUGGUUCCACUGCUUGACUUUUAUUUCAAUGAUGAAGUUCGUAGUGCUGCAGCUGAGUGCUUACCUUUUCUCCUCGGCAGUAUGAAAGCUAAACAACCAGAAAUGGUAGCUACUGCAUGGGAACGUGUACACAAAAGUCUAAUACGUGCGGUAACUAAUGAACCUGAGCGCGAUGUCGUUGCAGACCAUCUGCAAGCUCUUGCGAAUUCCGUCGAAGCUGUAGGAAAAACGUACAUAACUAGUGAUCAGUUGGCUGAAAUCCGGAGUCUUUUAGAUCACUUGUUCCACGAGCAUUUCGAGAAAAGUGACGAACGCCUUGCUCAACGACAGAAUGAAGAUUAUGAUGAAUUUGAAGAGGAACGUUUGCUGAGCGAAAAAGAUGAAGAUGAAUAUGUCUUGUCAAAAAUGUGUGAUGUUGUACACUCUGUUUUUGUCGCUUUCGGUGUCGAUGCUCUUCCGUUCUUUCAACAACUUAUGGUAUUUUGUGUCAAACUCUUGGAACCAAAUCGUCCUUGGUCAGACCUGCAAUGGGGCAUAUGUCUGUGGGAUGAUGUGAUUGAGUUCACUGGAACACAAAGCUGGCAAUUUCACCAAUUCUUCCUACCUACAUUCGUCCAGGCUGUACAACACCAGCAACCUGAUGUUCGUCAAGCUGUCGUUUACGGAGUCGGUGUUGCUGCUAUUAAUGGUGGUCCUGAAUAUAACCAAAUACUAUCUGACUUUAUGGGUCCCCUCAUCCAGUUAAUUGAGGCCCAGGAUUCAAAGUCAGAAGAAAACAAUUUGUGCACAGAAAAUGCAAUUAGUGCUGUUACAAAGAUAAUGAAAUAUCGACCUGAAUGUUUACCACCAGCAUUAGGAGGUAUUGAUGCGUUAAUUGUUCGGUGGUUAAGUUGGCUUCCUAUAUGGGAUGAUACUGUGGAGACUGAACAUGUUUAUGGCUAUCUGUGCGACCUCCUUGAGGCCAACAAUCCUGUUGUAAUUGGACCAGAUAAUUCCAAUUUACCUUGUAUUGUUCGUGCUAUCGCAGAAUCUAUGUCUACGGGUGGUUUAUCUGAUAGUAAUACUGAAACAACCGAUCAAAACCUGCAGGUGUGGAUCAAGCUAGUGGUUUCAGUCAGCAAAAUGGUUCGGAAAAACCUUCCACCUAUCAACGGUGCGUAUCCAUACUGCGCCACAUUCAAUCCAAUUCAUCCUUGGUAGAAGCUUGUGUGAGUCAACUGAAUGAAGAACAGCGUAAAGCUCUUGGUGUCGCUUUGAUGAGCCAUUGAUUUUGAAAAUCUUCAAUCUGCUCUAUAUACCUAUACUUUCUGUCUUAUAUAUGGAUGGACAAAAUGCCUAUUGGAAUCAUCACUCUGACUAAUCUAUUACUUUGUAUCCCUUUGAAUAUGCUGAUUAUUUAAUUGAUGUUUAUAGAUCUUGUAAAUUAUUCCAAAAGUGUAGACACUUUCUUUUCACUUUUAUCUUCUAACAUGUUGUUUCAAGUUUUGGUUAUUUUGAUAUGGUCUUCUCGUUUGAAAUGCUGCAAACAUUCAGAAAUUGUUUUCUAACUAUUUCAAUCAAUCAGAUUCAGAUAACGACGUCGUUAAAUUAUAGCCAUUUACUAAACAUCGAUUUCCUUUCUGUAUUCCUAUACUUCGUAAACUUCUCUCAGAUCGGGUUACUGUUUAUUGUAGCCAGCGUUAAUAAUUUACCUCCAAAUGGAUACCUAUUCAUUCAGCUACUUAGUUCCUUCAACAAUUUAGUAUUGUAAAUGUAUAUUUUCGCUCCA